AUGGGCUUGUACCUCCUGCGCGCCGGGGUGCGCCUGCCUCUGGCCGUCGCGCUGCUGGCCGCCUGCUGCGGGGGGGAAGCGCUCGUCCAGAUCGGGCUGGGCGUCGGGGAAGAUCACUUACUCUCGCUCCCCGCCGCGGGGGUGGUGCUCAGCUGCUUGGCCGCCGCGACAUGGCUGGUGCUGAGGCUGAGGCUGGGCGUCCUCAUGAUCGCCUUGACUAGCGCGGUCAGGGUCGUGUCCCUCAUUUCCUUGGAGAGGUUCAAGGUCGCCUGGAGACCUUACCUGGCGUACUUGGCCGGCGUGCUGGGGCUACUCCUGGCCAGGUACGCGGAGCAAAUCUUGCCGCAGUCCGCGGGAGCGGCCACGAGGGAGCAGCUUGCGCCCCAGCUGAUUGCUGGGACCAGAGAAGAGAUCCCGGUGUUCAAGAGGAGGAGGCGAUCCAGCUCCGUGGUGUCCGCCGAGAUGUCGGGCUGCGGCAGCAAGUCCCAUCGGAGGACGUCCCUGCCUUGCAUACCGAGGGAACAGCUCAUGGGGCAUUCAGAAUGGGACCACAAACGAGGGCCAAGAGGAUCACAGUCUUCAGGAACCAGCAUCACUGUGGACAUUGCCGUGAUGGGCGAGGCUCACGGCCUCAUUACCGACCUCCUGGCAGACCCUUCUCUGCCCCCCAAUGUGUGCACAUCCUUGCGGGCCGUGAGCAACCUGCUCAGCACCCAGCUCACCUUCCAGGCCAUUCACAAGCCCCGAGUGAAUCCUGUCGUUUCCUUCAGUGAAAACUAUACCUGUUCUGAUUCUGAAGAAAGCUCCGAAAAAGACAAGCUGGCUAUUCCCAAGCGCCUGAGAAGGAGCUUGCCCCCCGGUUUGUUGAGACGAGUUUCAUCGACUUGGACAACCACCACCUCAGCCACAGGUCUACCCACUUUGGAGCCGGCCCCAGUACGGCGGGAUCGCAGCGCCAGCAUCAAACUGCAUGAAGCACCUUUACCAAGUGCUGCUAGUUCCGAUUCUUGGAAUAACCCUGCGAUGAUGACCCUCACCAAAAGCAGAUCCUUCAGUUCGUCCUAUGCCGUUUCUGCAGCUAACUAUGUAAAGGCUAAAAAGCCAAGUCGCCCAGGUGCCCUCGCUAAAAUUUCACCUCUUUCAUCGCCCUGUUCCUCACCUCUCCAAGGGACUCCGGCCAGCAGUCCAGUCAGCAAAAUUCCUACAGUUCAGUUUCUAGAAUCUGCCGACACAACUGCCAAACCGGGCCUAGGUUCGCACAGGGCCUUAACUUACACUCAGAGUGCCCCUGACCUGUCUCCUCAGAUACUGACGCCACCUGUCAUAUGUAGCGGCUGUGGCAGGCCAUAUUCCCAAGGCAAUCCUGCUGACGGGCCCCUGGAGAGCAGUGGUACAGCCAUUCGGACACCAAGCAGAACGGAUGACACUGCUCAAGUUACCUCUGAUUAUGAAACUAAUAACAACAGUGACAGCAGUGAUAUUGUGCAGAAUGAAGAUGAAACCGAGUGCCCAGCAGAGCCGCUGAGGAAGGCUUCAGCUUGUAGCACCUACGCGCCUGAGACCAUGAUGUUCCUGGAUAAACCAAUUCUUGCUCCUGAACCUCUUGUCAUGGAUAACUUGGACUCAAUUAUGGAGCAACUAAAUACUUGGAAUUUUCCAAUUUUUGAUUUGGUGGAAAAAAUAGGAAGAAAAUGUGGCCGUAUUCUUAGUCAAGUAUCAUACAGACUGUUUGAAGACAUGGGCCUCUUUGAAGCUUUCAAAAUUCCAGUUAGGGAAUUUAUGAAUUACUUUCAUGCUUUGGAGAUUGGAUACAGGGAAAUUCCUUAUCAUAACAGAAUCCAUGCUACUGACGUCUUACAUGCUGUUUGGUAUCUUACUACACAACCUAUUCCUGGCCUCUCAACUGUGAUUAAUGAUCAUGGAUCAGCAAGUGAUUCAGAUUCUGACAGUGGAUUUACACAUGGACACAUGGGAUAUGUAUUCUCAAAAAUGUACAAUGUGCCAGACGAUAAAUAUGGAUGUCUGUCUGGAAAUAUUCCUGCCUUAGAGUUGAUGGCACUGUAUGUGGCUGCAGCCAUGCAUGACUAUGACCACCCAGGAAGGACUAACGCAUUCCUGGUUGCAACUAGUGCUCCUCAGGCGGUGCUCUACAAUGAUCGCUCAGUUCUGGAGAAUCAUCACGCAGCUGCUGCAUGGAACCUUUUCAUGUCCCGGCCAGAGUACAACUUCUUAGUUAACCUUGACCAUGUGGAAUUUAAGCAUUUCCGUUUCCUUGUCAUUGAAGCAAUUUUGGCCACUGACUUGAAGAAACACUUUGACUUUGUAGCCAAAUUUAAUGCCAAGGUAAACGAUGAGGUUGGAAUAGAUUGGACCAAUGAAAAUGAUCGUCUACUAGUUUGCCAAAUGUGUAUAAAGCUGGCUGAUAUCAAUGGGCCAGCUAAAUGUAAAGAGCUCCAUCUUCAGUGGACAGAGGGUAUUGUCAGUGAAUUUUAUGAACAGGGUGACGAAGAGGCCAGCCUUGGGUUACCAAUAAGCCCCUUCAUGGACCGUUCUGCUCCCCAGCUGGCCAACCUUCAGGAAUCCUUCAUCUCUCACAUUGUGGGUCCUCUGUGCAACUCCUAUGACUCAGCCGGACUGAUGCCAGGGAAAUGGGUGGAAGGCAGUGAUGAGUCAGGAGAUACCGAUGACCCAGAAGAAGAGGAGGAGGAAGAAGAAGCACCAAAUGAAGAGGAAACCUAUGAAAAUAGUGAAUCUCCAAGAAAGAAAACUUUCAAAAGGAGGAAAAUCUGCUGCCAAAUAACCCAGCACCUCGUGCAGAACCACACGAUGUGGAAGAAAGUCAUUGAAGAGGAGCAGCGGUUGGCGGGAAUCGAAAGCCAGUCCCCGGACCAGUCUCCCCAACAGCACUCCUCAGAACACAUCCAGGCCAUCAGGGAAGAAGAAGAAGAAAAGGGGAAGCCGAGAGAAGAGGAGACCCUCACCCCACAGCCAAACCAGUGACAGUGGAUAGAACGAGCUCUGCCUCGAAACCCAGUGACUUGUCACAGACUCUUUCCAAGCCAGCACAACACUUAGACACAACACUGUAGAAAUACGAGAAGAUGAGCAAAUGGCCAUUGCAUUUGGGGCGUCUUCGCAUUGUAUGUGUUUAUUUUUACAGUGAGGUACAAGGUUAAAAACUCUUGCUCAGAGAAGCUUUCACGUUGCAAUACCAGCUUCUAAAGAUUUUUUUUUUAAAGGAAGAAAUAUAUAUGUGUGUGUGUAUAUAAGCUCUCACAUAGAUACAUGUAAAAUAUAUUCACACACACACAACACACAUACACACUGAAAGCCAGAAGUACUGGCUCCACGUUUUAGUAACAUUCAUAUUAAGAUAUAUAGUGGUCACUGUGAUAUAAUAAAUCGUAAAAAGAAAAAAUAAAGGAAAACAAAGGAAAUGGUGAGGCUUAGCAGGGAACCGGGCAGUCAAUGUAGGUUACAACUAAGAAGCUUUUGCUCUUAGGAUUGAGGAAUGAACGUUCCAGAGAAUUAUUUGAAUUCUUGUACACCCUACCAACAUUGUGUGUGUGUGUGUGUGUGUGUGUGUGUGUGUGUGUGUGUGUCUGUUAGAGAGAGAGAGAACUGAUGGGGUGUUUGUGGGUAUGGAUGUUAAUGUGUCUGUAAAGAGAGAUUUUUGUGGUUAGUAAUUUAUAGAAUUCCACCAGCAGAUGACUCAACACAUGUGAACAAACGGAGGGAAGUUCGCUUUGGAGUGUCUUUGAGAGGCAGCCAUUCCCAAUGCCUUCCUCCAUUUAGCUUCAAUAAAGGUCCCUCUGCAGAGGGAGGGGUGUUCACGGGCUGGGUGAGAGGGCCACGUGAUGGGUACUGCUGCUAAACACCGCUUGGAGGCUCUUCAUCACCAGCCUUAAACGUGGAAGACUGAGGCAUUUUCCAAUCUACUGGCCUAAUGCAUGUGUCAGGGCUGUUUGUCGGCGAGUAUGCUUUUCACUCACCUAAGAUCAAAUCACUAUUAAGGGGAUGGCAUUCUUUAUGCAUAAACACCUAGGAAUAAGCUAGAGUCCAGUCUUUUCAUCAGGUGAGAAUUCUAAAAGGUUUUCCAGAGAAGACCUGGGAAUUGCUCUUCACGGUGAUCCCCAUGUCUUAAUCUGCUACAAACUGUGCCUGGUAGAAAACAGAAAAAGAAAGGAAGGCAAACAGAAACCAUGUGAGAGAUGAAUGGGGAGACUUUCAAACUAGGGUUUGGUAUUGGCUGACACAGGGAAAGCCCGAUUCCCGGCAGCUGUUGAAGAUUGGCUUUUGGGUGGCAAAGGGCCCACUGACCCACCCUGUGGUGGUAUUCCACACGCUGUGUGAUGGGGUAGCUUCUAUCUGCAAUCUGGCCCAUUGUCACGCUGCUUUUGGCAGGGAAGAGUAUGGAAGGGUUUGGGGGGACUGGGCCUAUUAUUGAAAGUCUUUUUUUUUUGGUUUAUUUGUUUAUCUACACUUGUUUAUGCUGUGAGCCAAACCUCUAUUUAAAAAGUUGAUACUCACUUUCAAUAUUUUAUUUCAUAUUAUUAUAUUUGUCAUGAAUAGUUAUCUUGAUGUAAAUAUAAAGAUUUUUUUGUUUCUGUAGAUAGUAAACUUUUUUUAAAAAACAAAAGGGAAAAUGAAACAUUUUUAUAAAGUUACAUUUUAAUCACCAUUUUUAUACAUUGAAGCUAUCUCCAAGCCCAGUAAGAGAGUGAUGAUUCAUUUGCAUGGAGGUCUUUGGGCAGCCACUCUUCUACCUACUCUAAUAUAAAUGAUCAUCUGAUACAGUUAUUUUGUGCCAAUUAAAUGAGGAUGCUGCAAGAAUGUUUUUUCACCAGUAACUUUUGCUAACUUUUGGGUAGCGUUUGGGUCCAUGACUCCCAAGGGAAAGACUUUUUAAACAACACCGAAUGCUUAUCAUUGGUGUCCAUUUCUUCCCAACACCUUUUGGGUGUAACUCUUCCUUCAGUACGAUAGACAGACCUGCUCGUCAUCUAAGAAAGCUCCUAAGUAAGUCUUGAUUGUGAUUUUUACUUUUUAUUUCCUCUGAAGUCAUAGGAAAGAGCGUUUACAUUAAACAUGCCUUUGUUUCUCAUAAAUGAUUAUCUUUCCCUUCCAAAACAAUGAUUUUACAGUAAUUCACGACAUUUGUCAAACAAGGCAAAGAUAAUACAAUAAAAAAUAACAUGGUUUCAAGGCAGAUUUCCCAAUAAGUAUGAAAAUAUUGAAAGGAUGAAAUUAGUAUGAAAAUAUUAAAAGGAUGAAAUUGUUGCCGACUCUAAAUAAUGAGGAUAUUUGCUUUUUUUGUCUUCAUUAUUUAGGACUUACUGAGUUUUCCAUUUUCUUAGUAUUGCCUACGUGCCUUUAUGUUUGCAAAAGUUAUUUUGAGUCAGUACAUUUCCCCAAUGAACUUAACUAUUCUUCCCUUGCUAAUAAGAGAAAGGAAAAAGAAGGAUUUAGGCUCACAUACCGCUUAAGUCUAGUUCCUUCACCAAACUGAUCUUUUCCCCCUUCUCCAAAUGCCAUACUUUCUAAAAUAAAUAUAAGUCCAGGAAAGAUCUAGGUGUGGAGCAAGUAGAAUGGCAGGAGAACAGAUGUGAGUCUGUAACCUUAUAUGAGCAGCUUCGUCCAAGCAGCUUGACCCCAAGCAAAGGCCAGAGUACAGGCCUCAGUGAACGGCCUGUUUUGUUUGUUUUGUUUUAAAGCACAUGAAGGAAUGAUGGCCAAAGCAGUUGGAACCUCUUCAUUCCAGAGUUGUGUUUAUCAGUCUAAGCAGACUGAUCAUUUUCCUUCAAAAAUAAAUUAUCCAGAUAUUAAAGCAGGAAGUCAAUUGAAAUGAAGGAACAGAGAUUCAUCAAGUAUGUGUCCCUUUCAUACACACCCAGUACAUCCCCAAGGAUGCCUAGGGACAUAGAAAGUCAUUUCUGCUCGUGAAGUUCUCCCCCCUCCUUGAUGACAGCAAUAUUAUUGCGUUCACUUCCAACUGCGGAGAUUCAUUCCUUGAAGUGUAUUUGUUCAAUUUGUUACAUUUUUAUAGGAGUCUAUUUAUAGGUGCCAUUAGGUAAACUCAGGUCUUUCAAAUGAAGGAAUUUCUGGCCCAUUUAGGGGAAAAGAGAAUUGUAUAGGCAGCCAUGAAACCAAUGGUAGAAAAGGUUGGAACGAACGACCUUGAUGCUAGUGGUGGUUCUCCAUGGAGGAAAAGACCAGGUGUAAUACGAGUGAUAUCAAUGUCUUUCCAGCCAUCUAAGCCAACUUUUAAAAUAGUUUCUUUGGUGAAAACACCACUUUAAGGUGUUUUUCAAGUGUAAUUUUUUUCUCAUUUAUAUCACACCUGGUUUUGUUCUCAGCAGAAGAUGAAGACAGUAGAAGCUCUGUACAGGGAUAUAUCUAUUGGUCUUCAUCUGACAAGGAAUUUUUUCAUAUUAUGUUUAAGAAAAUAUCCACUUUAUAAAAACAGAAUAUCCAAUUUUGUCCAGUCCAUUUUGAUGGAAUUCAGAACAAGUUCCAAUCGUUGCAAUCCCAGUAAAACUGAAGAAAAGGGGUUGCAUGUCGUGUAGACUGUUCAUAUUACAUGUAUGUAUUGCGAUUUCCUCGUGUCCCCUGCC